AACAAGCAAAUAUUAAAAAAGAAAUCCUUACAAAAGAAAGCAUUAAAAAGAGAAAAAAAAUCCGAAAUCUUUGCUCUCAUUCUUCAAUCUCCGCAAUUUUUUCUUUCGAUUUAAUCUUCGCCCGUUCAUCAAAAAAUAGGGCCGAGAGAGAGAGAGAGCAAUAGAGCUCAUAUCCCUUCUCUUCGAUAUCCCAAUUUUGCUCUAAAUCUCUGUCUUCACUCUCCCGGUGAAAUCUCGACCGAUCGAGGGUUUCUAGGGUUCGUUUGAUCGCGAUGAAUAAGGUGGAGGUGACGGCAGCGGUCUUGUGCGCUGCGGCGGCCGGUCGCUGCGGCGGCGCUGGAUCGCGGAGGAACCGGAAAGAAGAGCUCCGGCCGGUGGAGCGGGCGGCGGCGAUCCUGAAGGAACUGGAGGAGAAGUGCGCGGACGCCGAUGGAAAGUUGAGGCAGAUGGCGACGCCAUGGCGCGUCGAGAUGAAGGCUGGGCUUGCGUCUGAUGGCGGGAACAAGCUCAAGAUGCUUAUCAGCUACGUCGACAACCUCCCAAAAGGGGACGAGAAGGGAUUGUUUUAUGCACUAGAUCUAGGAGGAACCAACUUUCGUUGUUUGCGUGUACAACUUGGUGGAAAGGAGGGACGUGUGGUCAAACAGGAAGCUGAGGAAGUCUCAAUUCCCCCACACCUGAUGGUUGGAAGCUCUCAUGAACUCUUCGACUUCAUUGCUUCAGCAUUGGCAAAGUUUGUUGCUUCUGAAGGCAACAAUUAUCCCCUUCCUGUUGGAAGACAGAGGGAAUUAGGCUUUACUUUCUCUUUCCCAGUGCGGCAGACUUCAAUUUCAUCUGGCAAUCUAAUUAAGUGGACAAAAGGAUUUUCCAUUGAUGACACGGUAGGAGAAGAUGUAGUUGCUGAAUUGACUAAGGCAAUGAAAAGACAAGGUCUUGAUAUGCGCGUUGCAGCAUUGGUCAAUGAUACAAUUGGAACAUUGGCUGGGGGUAGGUACCAUGAUAAUGAUGUUGCUAUUGCCGUGAUAUUGGGCACUGGUACAAAUGCAGCAUAUGUAGAGCGAGCACAGGCAAUACCCAAGUGGCAUGGCCCCCUACCUAAAUCUGGAGACAUGGUAAUCAACACGGAAUGGGGAAAUUUCCGGUCAUCUCAUCUGCCAUUGACAGAGUAUGAUCUAGCAUUGGAUACUGAAAGUUUGAAUCCUGGUGAACAAAUCUUUGAGAAAUUAACUUCGGGAAUGUAUCUUGGAGACAUUGUAAGAAGAGUACUCUGGAGGUUGGCUGAAGAAGCUUCCUUUUUUGGUGAUAAUGUUCCCCCCAAACUUCAAGUUCCAUUUACAUUACGGACUCCUGUCAUGUCUGCCAUGCAUCAUGACUCAUCAUCCGACCUGAGAGUUGUCGCUGAUAAAUUAAGGGAUGUAUUCGGGAUAACUAAUACCUCCUUAAACACAAGAAAAACCAUCGUAAACAUAUGCGAUAUAAUUGCCAAGCGUGGGGCCCGUUUGACCGCUGCCGGACUUGUGGGAAUGCUAAAGAAGCAGGGCCGAGACACCAAGCAGAGGACGGUGAUUGCAAUGGACGGAGGGCUCUAUGAGCACUACACAAUAUUCAGCAAGUGUCUGGAGAGCACUCUUGCUGAGAUGCUCGGAGAUGAGGUAGCAAAGAAUGUUAUAGUUACCCAUGCAAAUGAUGGCUCCGGCAUUGGAGCCUCUCUCCUUGCAGCCUCUCACUCUCAAUAUCUCAACGAGUCUUGAGCUGGGGGGAGGCUUUUUUAUUUUUAUAUUUGUUCCUUCUCAUUAUUUAUAAGGGAGCAGAUGAGGAGGAAGUCAUCGGUAUUGGUCUCACAAAGAUGUAUAAAUUGCAGGAGUUUUGUAGCCCUGCAGAGCGCAGCUUAAGAGUAAAUUUUGUUUAUGUAAUUUCCCCCCCUCUCUCUUUUUUUCUCCCCAUUUUCUUAUAUGUUCUUUCUGUGGCCGUUUCUAUUUUCUCCUGACCAUUUGAUAAUAAGACCAGGGGAGUUUUAAUGGUAUCGUUCUGGUUUCUGCUUC